AUGGCGCACGCGACGCUGCGCAAGGUGGCGGCCGCCUCGUGCCUGGCGCUGUGCGUCUCGCUGCUGCUGCCCAAGCUCUUCGUCCCGCGGGGCUGGUCCGGGCAGCAGGAGCCGGGCGCCGCCCCGCCCACGCCGGCCGCCGUGCCCGAGGGAAAGACAAGUCGGCUUUCACCAACAAUGCAGCAUCCAGUGUCUCCAGAGACCAGGCCGCCAGCUACCCAUUUUCCAAGGUCCCACCUUGUGGAAGCAGUUGCCAAGGCAAAGGGAGGUGGAGGAGGCAAUGGUGGAGGUGGUGGAGGAGGAGGUGGCACUGGAAGAGGUCUUGUGGGACAGGUCAUCCCAAUAUAUGGAUUUGGGAUCCUUUUAUACAUACUCUACAUUCUUUUUAAGCUUUCUUCUAAGGGGAAAACCGUGACAGCUGAACGGAAAUGCCCUCCUUCAGCACCUGGCAACAUGAACAGAAAGAUCACUGACUAUGAGCUAGCCCAACUCCAAGAUAAGCUGAGAGAGACUGAAGAAGCUAUGGAAAAAAUAAUCAAUAGAGUGGGACCCAACUGUGAAAGCAGGGCCCAAAAUGUCACUACUGACCAAGAGAAAAGACUACUUCAGCAACUCCGGGAAAUUACUAAGGUCAUGAAAGAAGGCAAACUCAUAGAUGGCAUCUCCCCAGAAAAAGAAGCUGAAGAGGCUCCUUAUAUGCAGGACUGGGAAGGUUAUCCAGAAGAGACCUAUCCUGUAUAUGAUAAUUCUGAUUGCUUCAAGCACAGACAGGACACUGUCCUUGUGGAGUGCCCUCACCCAAGCCAGCCUUCUGCUGAAGAGAUAGCGGAGAGAAUGGAGUUUGUGGAUGAUGAGGAGUGUGCAUGUAGUGAAAUCCUUUUGUCUGCUCUUGCCACAGUGAAUAACGACCUUGUGUCGAGGGAAGAGAAGGACCAACAAGCCACGUUCACCGACCACAGCCAGGCCGGGCAGAACUUUGAAAAAUGCCCCUGUUGUCACUAUGAAGAUGACGACCCCGCCGUGAUAGCGGAAAACGAAGGAUUCUACCCUGAAAGCUGCAGUGAAACAGAAGAGCUGGCCAAAGAGGAGCCGCUGGUGGAGUCCGACCUUGAAAACAGCGCAGCCGAAGACCAACACUAUGCAAAUCCGGAUAACAGCGGCAUGCUGCGCAAGCGAAACACAAGGGGGCUUGAGUUGCUGGGAAAGUGA